CUGCGCGUGGGCGGGCGGCGCUGGUGGUGGUGGGAGCUGCAGCCGCCGCGCGGCCCCUCAGCCUGUGGGAACGCGCAGCCGGUGAGAGAUGCAGCUGAAUGGAGAUUAGAGGGCCAGAGAUGAAAGAACAAGAACACAUUUCUGAAGAUUUAAGAUGUGUCUGAGAGUGACCUCCUUACUCUAGCGAUAAAGAAGAGUUUUUCAACAGGAGCUUAGGAUAUCUAUACUCCAACUCAUUAAUAUACUAACUGGAAUGGUGUUCUGACAAUUCUACAUAGUACUUAACCCUACUACAGAACAGUCUUAUUUUCUCUACUGAUAAUGCAAUUCAAUGGAGGAAAAUAAUGUUUUGAUAAGCAUGCGUGAGGAUCGUUCCUUUCAUGUGCGAUACAGGAUGGAGGCUUCCUGUCUAGAGCUGGCUUUGGAAGGUGAGCGUCUCUGUAAAGCAGGGGACUGCCGAGCUGGUGUCUCUUUCUUUGAAGCAGCUGUUCAGGUUGGAACUGAAGAUUUAAAAACACUCAGCGCUAUUUACAGUCAGUUAGGCAAUGCCUAUUUCUACCUGCAUGAAUAUGCAAAGGCCUUGGAAUACCAUCACCAUGAUUUAACUCUUGCAAGAACAAUUGGAGAUCUACUGGGAGAAGCUAAAGCCAGUGGUAAUCUGGGCAACACCUUAAAGGUACUUGGGAAUUUUGAAGAAGCUAUUGUUUGUUGUCAAAGGCAUCUGGAUAUUUCCAGAGAGCUUAAUGAUAAGGUUGGAGAAGCCAGAGCACUAUAUAAUCUGGGAAAUGUGUAUCACUCUAAGGGGAAAAAUGUAGCUAGUGCUGGGACUCAUGAUCCAGGGGAACUUCCAGAUGAUGUGAAAAAUGCGUUACAAAAAGCUGCAAAUUAUUACGAGGAAAACCUGACAAUAGUAACAGAGCUGGGUGAUAGAGCAGCACAAGGACGUGCCUUUGGGAAUCUGGGAAACACACACUAUCUGCUGGGCAACUUCAGGAGUGCAGUUUUAGCCCAUGAGCAGCGUCUCCUAAUUGCAAAGGAAUUUGGUGAUAGAUCAGCAGAAAGAAGAGCAUACAGCAAUCUUGGAAAUGCCUACAUAUUCCUGGGUGAAUUUGAAACUGCUGCUGAAUACUACAGGAGGACAUUACAGUUGGCUCGACAACUUAAAGACAGAGCUGUAGAAGCACAGGCCUGCUACAGCCUGGGGAACACCUACACUUUGCUUCAAGACUAUGAAAAAGCAAUUGAUUAUCAUGUGAAACACCUUGCAAUUGCUCAGGAAUUAAAUGAUAAAAUUGGUGAAGGAAGAGCAUGCUGGAGUUUGGGGAAUGCAUAUACUGCUCUGGGAAACCAUGACCAAGCUAUGCAUUUUGCAGAAAAGCACUUGGAGAUUUCAAGAGAGGUAGGAGACAGAAGUGGAGAACUCACUGCUAGACUUAAUCUCUCAGACCUUCAAAUGGUUCUUGGAUUAAGCUACAGCACAAACAACUCCAUGAUGGCAGAAAGCCAGGCAGUAGAUAGCAGUUUGAAUGGUACCAGACCGAGAGCAGGACGCCGACACAGUAUGGAGAACAUGGAACUUAUGAAGUUAACACCAGAAAAGGUUCAGAACUGGAACAGUGAGAUUCUUGCUAAACAGAAACCACUGGUUGCCAAACCUUCAACAAAACUGCAUUUUGUAAAUCGACUAAAAGGCAAAAAGUACAAAAACGGCACCUCUUCCAAAGUUUUGCAGGAUGCCAGUAAUUCUAUUGAUCAUCAACUUCCAAACUCUCAGAGGAAAAACAGUCGAGAGACAAUGGCAGAUGAAGGGUUCUUUGAUCUGCUGAGUCGAUUCCAGAGUAACAGGAUGGAUGACCAGAGGUACCACUUCCAGGAGAAGAACAGAUUUUCAGCUGCUUCUGUGGCAACAUCCUCUACUCCACCUAAAACAAUGAGAAAAUCCCUUUCUGCUUCUGUAGUCUCACCCCACACAGAUGAGUUUCUAGACCUACUUGCCAGCUCCCAGAGCCGCCGGCUGGAUGACCAACGUGCCAGCUUCAGCAAUCUGCCUGGGCUUCAUCUUAACCAGCACAGCAGCCAGUCAGUCCUCAGUCACCUCAUGGCAAGUAACAACAGGGAACUAGAUGAUGACUUCUUUGAUACAUUGAUAAAAUGUCAGGGUUCCAGGCUGGAUGAUCAAAGGUGUGCUCCUCCAUCAUCUGCAAAAGGACCAACUGUACCAGAUGAGGAUUUUUUCAGUCUGAUUUUGCGAUCACAAGCGAAGAGAAUGGAUGAACAAAGAGUCCAUUUACCUUCAGUGAUAAAGGGAUCAAAUUCCAGAUGAAGAAAGGAACAGGCACAUAUUGUAUAGUAGCAUCUUAGUUACCAUUUUUGUUUGCUGUAAAAACAUACAUGCCUUUUUACAGAAGAUUGCAAUUAGAAAUUCUGUCCCCUAAUAAUUUUUUAUACAAGUUAGCAGUAGCAUCACACUUGUGACCAGUAUUUAAUUGCCUCUGCUUUUUGCAGUGUCUGAGGCACCCAUUAUUGUAUCUCCCUCUUAAAUGCCUUUAGGGUAUUAAAAGAAAAUUUUUUCCCUCUCAAGGUAUUCUCAUUGUUGAUGUGUGGAUUCCAGCACUGUCUCAGUCUAACGUAAGACCUACAUUUCUAUGUUUUUUAAAGAAAACUUGAUUAUUUUUUUCUGAUUUGUACCUCCCUGGAAAAAGGUCCUGUUUUCUUUUAUACUUUCUUUUAUAAAUGAAAAAAAAAUAAUUUGAGAAAU